AAAAUCCGAAAGCUCCAUCUCUCUCUCUUUUUCUCUUCUCGAAAGUUUUCUUGUGUCUAGUAUUGAGAGACCAGAGAGGAGUCGAUUCGACUCGUGUGUUUUGGUGUUAUAUGCACUCUGUCUCAGAGUGUCAGUGUACGUUGGAGAGAGAGAGACCUGAAUUGCAGAUCUGUACCGGAUCUCAGCCCUCUUGGAAGGGAGGAGUGACGACGUCGUUUUGGCGGAAUGGAAGUCGGCCAGAAGAAAUCGUCGGCGGCAGUUUCCGAUGUGGGAGCGUGGGCCAUGAACGUCAUCAGUUCCGUCGGGAUUAUCAUGGCCAACAAGCAGCUCAUGUCCAACGCCGGCUAUGCUUUCUCUUUCGCCACCACUUUAACUGGGUUCCAUUUUUCUGUAACUGCACUCGUUGGCCUCGUCUCCAAUGCUAGCGGUUAUUCUGCCUCCAAGCAUGUUCCCUUUUGGGAGCUUCUUUGGUUCUCCAUCGUUGCCAAUGUCUCCAUCACCGCCAUGAACUUCAGCCUCAUGCUCAACUCUGUCGGCUUUUACCAGAUUUCGAAGUUGAGCAUGAUUCCCGUGGUUUGUGUGAUGGAAUGGAUUCUUAACAACAAGCAGUAUUCCAAGGAGGUUAAAAUGGCUGUUGUGGUUGUGGUUAUAGGUGUUGGUGUUUGUACCGUGACUGAUGUGAAAGUUAACCUCAAAGGCUUCAUAUGCGCCUGCCUAGCAGUUUUGUCCACUUCUUUCCAGCAAAUUUCUAUCGGGUCUCUUCAAAAGAAACAUUCAGUUGGAUCCUUUGAAUUGCUGAGUAAGACUGCUCCAAUUCAAGCCACUUCUCUACUCAUUCUCGGCCCAUUCAUUGAUUACAUCCUUAAUGGUACAUUCAUAACAGACUAUAAGAUGUCUUCUGGUGCCAUUGCAUUCAUUCUUCUUUCGUGCACCUUAGCUGUGUUUUGCAAUAUUAGCCAGUACCUCUGUAUUGGACGUUUCUCUGCUGUUUCAUUCCAGGUUUUAGGUCACAUGAAAACAGUAUGUGUCCUCACAUUAGGGUGGCUUCUCUUUGAUUCAGAGCUCACUUUCAAGAACAUUAUGGGGAUGAUUCUUGCAGUCGUUGGCAUGGUGAUUUAUAGUUGGGCUGUCGAGGCAGAAAAACAGUCUGGCAAACCCGUGUCCCAUUCAAAAACCAGCAUGACAGAAGAGGAAAUUGAACUUUUGAAGGCAGGACUGGAUACCACUACUGUGAAGGAUGUUGAACAUGGAGCAACUAAAGUUUAGAAGAGGUAGUAGACUCAUUUUUGGCUGGAAACGGAAAAAGCUCAAGGCAAGGGAAUGGAAUGAGGAAACAAGUACUUUUCAUUUUUGGACUCCUGCCCAGCUGACUCUUUACACAAAUAUUUUUAGAAUUUGUUUUUGUUUCAUUGAGAUUGUCCUUGUUUAUUUAUUUGUUACUUAAUCUUAUAUUUAUUUUUAUAUAGCCUAUAUGUGUAUUUGCAAAAGAAGCAUGUAAAACCCAAAUCAUAGUUGAAAGCGCCGAGUUCCAUUUAUUCAUUGCAA